AUGAAGGUUCUUAUCGUCGGUGCCAGUGGCAUGAUCGGUGGCGAAGCCCUCUUGCAGUGUCUUUCUGAGUCACGCAUCUCCAAGGUCGUCGCAUUUGUGCGACGAAAUCUCCCUGCGCAGGUCUCUGAGCAUCCAAAACUCGAGUGCAUUACAAUCAAGGACUUUGCGAUAUGGCCAGAGGCCGUGUUACAAGCUCAUGCAGACGCGGCGGCCAUGAUUUGGGCGAUGGGAACUUACACGGGAAACACUGCGGCCGACUUGGAAUAUCCUCUUGUAUUCAUUGAAUCCAUGGCAGAGACCCUGAAAACUGUGUCCCGCGCGAAUCGAUUCCGGUACAUUCACCUGAGUGGCAAAUUCGUCAGACAGGAUCAGGAAGAGAAAUUGUGGUUUCUAGAGACACCCCGGAAAUUGAAGGGCUUGAUGGAGACGAGAGCACUCGAGUUUGCCGAGAACAACGCGAACAUUUGGGAGACAUUCAUUCUCAAACCUGGUGGCGUUGUAGCCAAGGAUCCACUAAAAGGCAUCUUUACCUUCUUGACCGCCACGGGCGUAAUACUGGGUAAAAACUGGUCCGUUCGAGUCGAAGAGCUGGGCGCAUAUAUGGCCUAUCUUGCUAUGGGGGGAGAAGAGGAACAGUCUCUCAUCAAUAACGCACGAAUCGUCAGGAAGGGGCGACAAACGUUAGAUUCGCGUACAGAUAGCACCUGA